CAAGUGUUGAUCAGUUAAGACCAUUUGUGGCCUACGGUUCUUCGUAUUUUCAAUUUCAGUCGCGUGUUUUAUUCUUCCUUUCGGUCUUCCUGGACUGCAACCACGAUGAAAGUAUUACUAGGAAGUGUUUUAGUGGGUUUCAUAGUGGUUUUAACACACAAAAAUGCGAACGCUCAAAGUUCCAUUUUCGACCCCAUAAAGGACGCCCUUUACUUGCAUAACUUCGUACAGACCAACAACACCCUGCAGGACUGCGUGUUCAGGCCCGCUAACGCCAAGGACAUGUGUCCGGACCCCGAUAUUAGAUACAUUUUAUACUCCAAUGGGCAAAAACAAGUGCUCGACCACGGACAAACUGACUGGCUGAGGCAAAGCAUUUGGGACCCUUUAAAAGAGGAUUUGUUCCUAGUUCAUGGAUACGCUGGCGGGGAUGACGCUCUACCAAUGAACGUCCUAAGAGACGCGUACAUCCGAAACGGUUCGUACAACGUCUGGAUCGUGGAUUGGGGCGCGUUGGGGGAAGCCCCCUGCUACAGGGCGGCGGUGACGAACAUGCGUGCGGUCGCCCGAUGUACCGGGGAACUGCUGACCUCCUUAAGGAUCGCAGGUUUACCGACCGAGAAACUCACCUGCGUGGGACAUUCCUUAGGUUCGCACGUUUGCGGUUUGAUUUCCAAAUACGUGAUGUUCCGGAUGCAUCGGAUCGUCGCUCUGGAUCCCGCCAGGCCGUUGAUCACCAACCAGAUCAAGUUGAACGUUGGCGACGCCGCUGCCGUUCACGUUCUACACACGAAUGCCGGACAUUACGGUGAGGGUGGCCGAGGGGGGCACGUGGAUUUCUGCAUUAACGGCGGAAGGAUCCAGCCCUACUGCGAAAACGCCGAUAUUGAUGCCCAGUUGUGCAGUCACAUAUGGGCAAUUUGUUAUAUGGCCGAGAGUAUCGAUCCCAGGACGCAGAAAAAGGCCGAGCCGUGCUCCAGGAGGUGUCCCUCAGGACCCGUGCCUGCCAGACCAAUAAACCGAGUGGGAAUCCCCGUUUUUAUGGGCCAAAACACACCCUUAACGGCUGCUGGCUCCUAUUGCGUGCACGACAGUCAGCCCCCUUAUUGUCCGAAGAAGCCGGGGGAUGCUGGGGAUGUCCGGUGCUGCUUGAAACCACCUUCUUUUACCCAACAAUGAAUUGUCCACGGGUAUUUUAAUCGAAUUAUGGUAGCUUUAAUAAAAAUUUAACGAACUA